GUCAUAAACAAAAGGUCGGUGCGUUCGCUUGGUCGUUUUUGUAUUGUAACGCAAAAGCGGAAAACGUCGGAAAACGCAAAGUAGGUUCGCCUCCACGACCUUCCGAUGACGAAUUUAAUGACCUGAAAUCGACGAAGCGAGAGUAGCAAGGGAAGGCAGAGGAAAACCGCCAAUCACUUUCACACAUUGCAUAGAUGAAAAUUGAAACAGCCGACAACAAAGCCAACAAAGCACGUCAGCAGAGACGCUGACUGAGGGCGACUUCGAAGUCAGUGGGCGCAUUUAUUUCGUUUUCAUAAUAAACGAAAUAUACGGAAUCCAAAAAAAAAAAAAAGAAGCCGCAGAGCAGGUUUCCCGUCGAUGGUUUCAAUGAUAAUCGCUUAAUAAUGGCAGCAGCGGCACCUGAAUCGUGUGGAGCACGCGAUCCAAAGGAACCGGAGACUGAGUGGGAGUUCGAUACGGAUUCGGGGCGGUCCCAGGCGGCAAUGACAGACUCCCAGCGAGCGUUGGAUUCUCUGGAGGCGGACACCGAGGCGGACACAGAUUUAGAUGCUGCCGCUGCAGGAGCUGACCAACAAAGACAAAACGAUGACCAAUUGCAGUUGCAGUCGCUGGAACCUAUCUCCCUGGACGACAUACCUGAGCCCAUAAAAGUCCUCGACGAGAUUAUUUCAGAGUUCGAGGAGGCAGCGACGAAACCGGUGGGCUUGCACAGCAACAGUGGCGAAAAUCAGUCCGAGGACGAUGGCUACAUGAGUCUGAGUCGCAAAAACAUGUCCAAAAAGGAUUCCGAAGAUGUGCCCCAAACACCCAGCACCGAUACUGUGCCCGAGGGUAGCUUCAAUGAGGUGGACGGCACAGCAGAGAAUCUAGCCAAAUUAUCUGAGGUGGAACCCGGCCAGGAAACAACGACGCCCCUCAUCCAGACAACGCUGCCGAAGGCAAGGGGUUUCAGCUCGACUCCGGCCACCAACUCCAACUACUCGAGUCUGCCCUGCUGUGGGGCCAGGUCCUCGAAUUCGAGUGGAGCUGCCGCUGGCAGUUCCUCAAGUGGUUUGGCAGCCAUUCGGCAUCCGGGCAGCUGCAACGGUGGCCGCAACGCACUGGGCAUCGACAUCAGUGCCGUGCACAACGCUGUGCUUCGCGGCAACCUGGCCAAGCUGCCGGAGCCCUUCGUCAACGAGCAUCCGGUGACCAUCUACCCGGGCCCCUCCUCCAAGGGGGCCGGUGGCGAGGGGGCUCGGGCCAAGCGGCUGCUUAGCUCGGUAGAACAGCACAAGGAAGUGUGCCACAUGCUCAAUCCGCUUUCCAACAGCUCGACCUCCUCUUCCGGCUCGCAGCACACGUCCAGCGAAGAGGCCUCGCCGGCUGCUUCGCACCUCAAUGUGGCGUCGUCGAAGGCGGCUGGCAGGAAUGAAGAUUACUCGGAGGACUCGCUGGAGGAGUCUACAAUCUCCACAGACCUUACUCCCGUAAAGCAGAAUGGCGUCGCAUGGGAGAUCCACUUCAAGAGCGCUAAGAAUAAUUACAGCGGCUCUAAAAAGUCAUCUGGUGCUGCGUCCAAAAAGCACCAAAAACGGGCCAACAACUUGGACGACUUUAACAACAGCUUUAUGUACAACGAGAAGAGUAUGCUGGGAAAGGGAACCUUUAUUAUUCGCCGUUCCACGGCCAAGAAACCGCCACGCGCUGCUGAUGUGUUUUGCAUACCAAAGCCGCCACGUCCCUCUUUGGCCGAGAGAGCUGGAUCCGGAUCGAGAGUUGGAGCUGGAGCGAUCAGCAAUGAGUUCUACACGAGCGACAGCGAGCAGAGCGACGCCACUCCACUGCCGCUGCCGCUGCCACCGCCACCGCCGCAAGAAUCCUCCGAUAUGAACUUUGUUUACAAGGAGUGCGAGGCUAAUGCGGCGCACACACGCCGCGGAUUGGAGAUGGCCGCCGCCCAUCGGGCGGCUCUAUCGCUGGACAUCGCCGAGGCUCCGGACCAACUGGGCCACUGCAAGCCGAUGAAGAGCAAGACGGCAAUGCUGACCGAAAAGCGCCUGAGUGCUGAGUCCAUGCCGGACAACACCUCCAGUAGCGAGGAGUUCGAUGAGGCGCGUCUGAACGGAAGCGGAAAUUACGAUCUGUACGCCUACAAUGGGAAUGAUCAACGUGUUUCCAACGCUACCACUCCACACACGGAUCUGGCACCAACUCUCGAGGAGGACGAAGAGCUUUCCGACUUUAGCUACGGGUGUGCUCCGCUGACGCAAAUCGAGCAUAACAUAAGCGCCUUGCUGCGUGGAGAUAUCCCCAUUGUGGGUCAACAGCCUGGCUGCAAUGGAGGUGGAUCCGUUGGAGCCGCUGCGACCGCUGCCGAGCUGCAUGCCAAGCGGGUGCUGGAAUUUCGACCAGGCGUUCACAAGUCGGAGAGCGCCAAGGAGAUGCUGCUGUCGCAGAUGCCCAGCCUGGGACCAUUGCCCCCAUCGCCGCCAUGCUCUAAUCCGGAUUUGUUCGACUACGAUGCCCCGUUGCCGCCGUCGCCGGUGGAGCCACGUAAGCAGCUAGAGCUUCCGGCAGAGGUGGCGACCAGUGCCCCGCCGCCGAAUCGUGGCACAACCGUGGUGGAGGUGCAUGCCACUGCCUCCGGAGCGGCUGUACACAGCAGUAAUAGCCACAUGCGCCGAAGUCGCGACAAUGUGGCCGCCGUGCGUCAUUUUACCGACGAGCUGCCACCGCCACCGGCGCCUGCCCACCAAAUGGCCGGGUUCGGGGAGGGUCUUCCCGGAGCGCCAAUGGUGCCCCCACAUCGAGGCACUGGAGGGCAUUCGGCCAACACAAUGAAAUCCUGGAGCAUUGACUCCCAGUACCGCAAGAGAUCGCCCAAGCUGUUUGGCCACUAUAGCAGCGGGGGGAGUGGGAUAACCACACCCACCGGACUUGGACCUAUGCCACCGCUGCCUGCGCCACCUCUCGACGGAAUGGCGGGUGGAAGCGGGUCCUAUCAACGGCGGUACAUUAAUUACGGCACGAAGCGCAGUCUAAAACAGUCGCCGCGCGAGGAGCAUCGCCUGCAAACCUCUUGUAGUCUUCCUGAAACGCCAAUCUUUGCCAGGGGCUGUGACAUACCACGUACGCCAUAUCGACGCCAGAACGAGCCGUUGCCUGUGGUAAGCGGUUCACGCACCGCGCCAAGAUCGAGCACAUCAAAUAGCAUAAAUAUGGGAACUUCUAUUUUGGGGAUUGGAGCUGGAAAUUAUGGUACUGCCCAAAUAUGCCGCCAGCGCUCGAUUAAUCACGCUUUGGCUUCCAAUGAGAUGCUACGCAUGACCGGAGCCCCCGCUCGUGGAUGGUAUCCCAAGCAGCGGGGUAUGCGCCCAGUUUCAACCGAAAACAUUGAUCGCCUGGCUUCCGUGCGGGUGUGGGACAACCCGGCGGGCAUGUCAGGCACCGGACAAUCCCGCAAGCCACUAACGCUGCCACCUAAUCUUACGCCUUCCUUUUUGAACAAAUCACCCCGCGAGGCUUUGCGACGAGUGACCAGUUUGCUGAUAACCAAGAAAAAGAACAGUAAGGAUCGAAAACAUAAGGCAUAUUGCGAUCAGCUCAUGGAUGAUAACAACAGCAAGCACGCCUAUGAAUUUGACACAGGUUCCACCAAACGAAAGGAUACCAAUCGCAAGGAAAAUGGAGCCUCGGGGGUGUCCACCAAUACCAAACCCAAGAAGAAAGGUCUCUUUAAAUCGCUUUGGAAGCGCACGAAAACAGCCUCGCUGGAUCAUUAGAAAAAUACUCGCUGGCAAGGACUAAGCACUGCCCCAAGUUUUAUGUCACCAUUAGCAUGAUAGCAUCGAAGAUGAUAAUAACCCUGCACUUACAUUCACGUUAAUCGGGACGCAAGUUAAAAAGUUAUCUUGCACCCACCAAUCCUCUCACCUGCUCAUCCGAUCAGCUAAACUUUCUCACGCUCGUGUUCGUCCACCUUGAAAACAAUUGAAGCAAUUUUGUAUACACAUCGUAACGUACAUCGGUCAUAUAGUAAUGAGAAAACUGAAUAAUUCAAAUGCACAAAAGCCGUGAAUCGUAAAGACUGAAAAAUGAAAAAGCGUAAAACAAAGGAAAAUUAAGCAAAACGAAAAUAUUAUGGAAUACAAAGAAAUUAAGUGAACUUA